UUGCUUCAUUUUUUACUUUGACCCCCACUGAAAUCCUUCAAGCACAUCGUCAUGUACUGGUCAAUUGCAUUGCCGUAGAGAAAUUCUUAGAUGAGUACAGAGCCAUCACAAAGAGAAAAAUGCGAAGCAAAACAAGGUCCCAGUCUCUUAUAGAUAGUGUGGUGCACAAAGAAUUCCCCAACUAGUUUAGGCAUCAGGUAAUCCUUAAUAUCAUAGGAUUCCACUUUCCAUAUUGAUGCUUUCUUGCCUCUAAUGGUUCAGUUCUAGGUCCCAUUUGGAAGCACCAGUCAUUCGAACGAGUUGUAAUGGCUUGCCUGUGGACCCCUUGCUCAGGCCAGACGCUAUCAAGCUUACAACGUCAAUGGAUUUAAAUUUAGAACCAUCUCGAGGGAGGAAGGGAUGAAAACACAAAAUAGUGGGAUUUAUGUCACUUCGGAUACUAGGAGUUAUGCAAGCAAACAGGAUGUCAAUGUUGCCGUCGGCGGUGUAUCGUACUACGGGAGAUUAGUAGACAUCAUCGAGCUAAAUUACAGUGGUCAGUUCAACGUAGUCUUGUUCAAGUGUCUCUGGGAAGACACCACGUCGGGCAGAGGCAUGCGACAAGACGAGUUGGGUCAUACCUGUGUCAAUUUUAUCAAUCCGAUUCACACCGGUGAUCGAGAAGACGAUGAGCCGUACAUCCUAGCAUCUGAGGCGCGUCUUGUGUUCUAUGUGGAGGAUGAGGUGGACAACGGAUGGAGUGUAGUAGUCCAUGUGAUGCCUAGAGAUUUGUUUGACAUAGGCGAAAAUUAUGAACAUUGUGAGGUCGACUUUCACCCCCAAAUCUGUAUGACGAGCUUGACUGAAUUUGAUGUCGAAGGCUUGCGGUUGACAAGAGAUGAGGUUUUAGAGGAAUCCUACGAUGACGUGGGUGAUGAUUGUGAUGAGGCCUCCGAUUCCUAAUAUACAUUUCUCCAUGAUGGAUGUAGCUCAUAUUCACGGGAUUUUAUGCAUAUAUACUACUGUCAUGAUUCACCUAGGAGAGAUAGUUGAAUGUAUU